UGAUUGUAAGUUCUUGUUGCCUAAAAAAUCGUAAAUAUCAGCGCUCGGGAAGCUAUUCAAGAUUCUUGCAACCGGUUUGACGAUUUUCGCUCAGCAUGUCGACAGAGAUCAAAAAGAGAGGCCGUCCGAAGAAGGUGGUGAACGAGGUGCCGCUUUCUGUGGAGGAUUCCCCGAAGCCGGCGAGCGCCAGAUCGAGCAAGACGUCGGUCGCCAAAAGUUUGGCAUCAACAUCAUCGAAAACUGCGGCAGUGAAGAGCAAUGGGAUCGGCAAGACAAGCAACGCCAGGAAGCAAGUGUCAGAGGAUAUAUCGCAACCCGAAAAGGACACAGAAUCCGUGAAGAGCUUGCCGGCCAAGUUGAAAGAAGACGCACCAGCUCCGCCGACAGUUAUUCAGGCGAUCGCCAUUGAAGAGUCGAGGAUCCUGAAAGAGUUGGCGCAAUCAGAGAGCAAAAAACAACGAAAGCCAGUUCAUAGGACAAAAAAAACGGCCAUUGUCUCGAAGUCGGAAGUAGCAGCACCUCCUGCACAAGAAUCGACGACGACGGCGUCCUUCCUCGAACCGACAAACACGUUGGCAGUGGGUCUGCCGAUUCCUACCUACCAAUCCACCAUGCAAAACGUCGGUCAUCAGCCGCUUUGCCUGCCAUGGCUACCAAAUCCAUCCCAACUGCGACAGACUGCUUACCUGUCAACGACUACUACAAUGCAUGCGGCGAAAAGGAAGCUGCCUUCCGUUAAGGAGGUCAACCGAUUUGUCGUGGCGGAGCAAUCGUCGCGAGGCGGUCCAGGCAGUGGUGCGAUAAGAUCACGAGCGCAGCAAGCUGCUGAGGAGACACGGGGAGGUGGUGCACAGUUUACCCAGCCAGGCGAGUUGCCAGCGAAAUAUAAGCCGGCGUUGAGAAGGGUUCAAGCAAUCAUAGUGGCAUUGCCUAUCGUAAUUGUAACAAGUUACAUGCUUUAUGAGCGAUUAGUCUUAGGGGUUGAGCCAAAGAAGCUGCCUCGAUUACCAUCAGGCAGCGAGAACAGGACUCCUCCAUCAUCUAAGCCCUAACCUCCGCGCAGGCUUAAUAAAAUCAUGUAUUCCACGAUCCCAAGUCUAGGCGAGUAUCUAGAUCAUCAUUGAUGCCAUGUUAGCGAAACACAUAUGCACCGCAAUGAGAUAUAUGCCGUUUAUUCUCGUUGAGAGCUUCGCACAAAAUGCUCGCUUAUUAAAAAUGCUCGAAUAUCCAUCAAAUUGAACCCGAUUCUCGAACUGUCUUAUUUUUGAUACGGGCGUGGCAGCUUUCACUAAAAUUUUAUGUUCCCCCAGCUGUGCUUAAUUCACACCAUGCGCGGCGAAUAUCCGUACCACUAAUGCGUU